AUGGAAUUAGAUCCAAUGUACUCAACCUUAUCAACAUCAAAAGGAAAUAAGAUGAUACAUUACGAAAUAUAUGAUUGUUUUGCAGAAACGUAUUUCAUUCGACCUGUUACAUUGUAUUGGACAUUUCAACAGGUAGCAAAAAUUAAUAUUCUUGAUUCAUUUCAGGCAUUACUACCAUCAUCACGAGCUAAUAACAACUCAACAAAUACAAAUAUUAAUCAACAAAUAAUUAAGAAUAUUAAUGAUGAUAUUGAAUUAAUCUCCGAUGAUGAUAAUAAUGAUGAUGAAAUAACAGUUAAUCAAUGUUUUGAAAUUACUAUUAAUAAUGAUAUAUUAUAUGAAGCAAUAUCAGAUGAUGAUAAUGAACCAAAUCCUGCAUUACCACCAAAUGAUAAUGAUUUAUGUGUCAACAACCAUGAUAUGGUUGAUGAUGUCAGUGAUUAUGAACAACAAUAA